UCUCAAAUCCACACCGCAAUGAAUAACAACAGCAACCAUCAUCUCAAGCAACCGCGAUUUUCUCUCAACUUCUCUCCAUUUUUUUCCCGGAUGCCAAACACUCCACCAGGAUGUCGGGCGCCUGGGAUGAACACACUGUUACCGAUUCCGAUCGACAACCCGACUACGAUCAUCAAUAUUCCCACUUCAAUUUCGAUUUCUUCUCCGCCAUUGUUAAACCCAAGGAUUACUACAAAAUUUUGGAGGUCGAUUACGAUGCUACCGACGAUGACAUUCGUUCCAAUUACAUACGACUUGCUCUGAAGUGGCAUCCCGAUAAGCAGAAAGAUAACGACGGUGCCACUUCCAGAUUUCAGGACAUAAACGAGGCAUAUCAAGUUUUAAGCGAUCCUUCGAGAAGGCAGGAAUACGACGAGAAAGGGAUGCUUUAUGUAAAUGAUGAUAACAUAGUGGAUUACCUCAAGCGGUACAAAAGCCUUAUUUUAACAUGUAAUGGCCUCGGUAUGAAGUAUUCAAUUUGGUGAAAUUGAAGUUUCCCCACAACUGCAAAAAGGCCUUUCUUGGUACGUUUUGGAUCUUCCAAGAAUGAAAAGGGCUUUGUGAUCAUGCUACUUGUAAUGAUAUUGACGUGUGAGAGUGAUUCUAGAAUGGUUAAAAUUAUUUGUGUCAUUUUCAAAAUCACUCAGAAAAAUGUUUUUAAUCAUUCAAAACCGAAAAACAUGUUUAGAAGUGUAAAACUAAAUAUUGAGAUGAUUUCUAGUGAUUAACGGUAUGUUUCACGGUGAUUUUAAAUAUGAAAAAAAUGAUCUUAACCAUUUCAAAAUCACUCCCAAAUGUGUACUUGUUGUAUUACAUGUAAUCAAGGGAUGGAGGCUUUUUGUUGCGAGGCACUUUUCUGCUUCCCCAUCUUCUUCUCGCUAUGUACAUAUAACAUUGACCUUUACAUUAGAGGGAGUGACAAAAGAGAACAUAAGCCCCCCUUUUUUGA